AUGGAUUACUAUCAAUACUAAUUACUGCUCUAGUCAUAGUAGUAAUAAAAAUCUCAACAACAACAACUACCUCAAAAUCAGCUCAACUCUAUCUCGCAUUUGAUUGGAAGUCAUUAAAUUCCUCUCUAAUAACCUCAAAUGUAAGCUGCUCCUUCUUCUAAUAUGUUUGCUUUACAUUAACAAAAUUUACUUUAAAACUAAACUAAUUUUAAAGACAACUAAUUUUUGGGAUAACCUUCAGUAAAUGAUUUUAACAUGAUUAUGCAAUAAAAGUCUUAACCCUUUAUCGCUAACAAUGAUUCUACUUAACAUGUUUAAAGUUUCCCUAAUUCCUCCGCAUUGCCUAACAGCUUGAACGGCUGCGCUGAUAUCAGCUAGCAAGUUUUUUUUUAAAAGGCUAUCUAAAAUUAGUACAUCAAUAAUAUUCAAUAAAAUCGCGAAGACAUUAUUCGCAAUUACAUUAAUAUUAUCUCCAGUAAUAAAAAUCGUAAUCCUAGCAAUGAUAAUCGAAAUCGAAAUCCAAGUAAUGAAAAUAGAAAUCGAAAUUAUAGCAAUGAAAAUAGAAAUUAAAAUGAAAUUUUAAAUGCGUUACCUUCAGCUUAAAUCAAUAACUUAUUGUAAUAAUAAAAUUCUUCUACUGCAUAAAAUUAAUACAGUGCUCCUUAACAAUUAUCAGCUGCUAUCUAAAAUUAAAAAUAACAGUUGCUAGUUUAACAAUAAGUUCAACAACAAUAGCCCUAGUAAAAUAAUUGGAUUUAAAACAAUACUUUGAGCUAAAGUAUUCCUCUCCAAUAGUAGCAUCGACAUUCGAAUCAUCAUAUGCAUCAUCAUCAUUAAUAGUAAUAGAUGAAUAUAGGCAUUAACAUGAAUGAAUUACCUGUAGCUAUGUAAAAUCAAGCUAAUUUUGAUAAAAAGAUUGCUCUCUAAACCAAUUUUAAUUUAUCUGAUCAAUAAAAGAUGAAUAGUAACAUUAAUUCUGAUCCUUUGAUUGAUUCAUUCGAUUAAGAGAAUAAUAGACUUUAACAACAAAUUACUGGUUUGACCAGCAAAUUAUUGUAGUUAAAUCAGAGCUAAGCUGAAAUCUUAGCUCUCAACAACUACUAGGGAAAUAAGGGAAUUAUUGAAUACUUAGAAUCUUAAAUUUUACUCCUGACUUCUCAAAAAAAGUAAAUCUUAGAAUAAAUUGAAAGUCUUUAAACCCUCAAACUUGCUUAUAGCAAUUUCAGAAAAGUAUGUCCUGAUGGAAGUGCUGCUCAAUUUAUGAGUCUUUCUAAAGAAACUCAAUUACUUUUCCUCAACUUAAUUCCCAGCUCAAAUAAUUCCUUAGCUUCAGCACCUGUUUUGUAGUAAGCUCAAAUACCUAUGCCUAAAAUAGAACACACUCCUGUUCAACUAUAAUUCUCCACUGAAGCACAAAACUAUUUGCAGGAAGGUUAAUAGUAACUUAGCUAAGACGACUAAAAAUCUACUUCUUCUAAAAAUUCUAGCUCUUCCAAUUAAAAGAAAAAUCCUUUCAAGGUCAUUCGCUCAAAUGAAAACAGUGAGGAUCCUGACAUUGGUUAUAUUAGCCGUAAAAGAGAAACUCCUGUUCAGUCACCAUCUCUUUCAAAGGCUAUGAAUUAGGUAUAAGAUGUAGAAAAUAACAAAUAACAAACUUCAGAAAGCAAUCAAAAAGAUGCUCCUUAAGCUGCUGUUUCUGAAAAGACUAUAUAGGAAAGCGCUUCAACUAAACCCCAAUAAAUUUAGGAGGAUAUUGUAUAAAAGUAGAAUGUUCAACAAAUUGAAGCUGAUAAAAAGAAUGAUGAAUAAGAAGAAAUAGAAAUCAGAAUUGAUGAAGAAGAAGAUGAUGAAGAAAGAGAAGAGAAUACUAUUGAUAACGAAAACACUACUCAAGCCUAGACUUCAACAAUCACUUUGGCUUAAAAGCUCAGUGCUAUGAAUCCAGCUGAGAGUAAGAAAUUCGAAAAGAGACGUGAAAAAUUGGAAGAAAAUGUAAUCAAGAUUCUUGAAAAAUCUGAAGACGCUUGCUCUAAAAUUAAGCCUAUCGCUCUUGAACUCUGCUCAAAAAUUGCAGUUGAAGGCGACGUACUCAAAAAUAGACCUUAUGAAGCUAUUUCUGCUGCAGUAAUAGUUCACGCUUCCCGAUUAGUCGCUAAUCCCAUCACCGUAAAGAAAAUGGCUAAGAUUACUGAAUCUAAGGAAAAGAUUAUCAAUCGCGUCUUCAUGUACCUAAAGAAGAACGUAGAAGGCUUCAAUAACAAAAUGCCUCAACCUGAAGUUUUCAUUAAGAACAUUUGCGAUAAGAUGAAAUUAAGUGAACCCAUUUCCAAAACUGCAUUCUUCCUUCAUUAAUAAUCAGAUAACCUCGGUCUUGUUAAAGGAUAGCAUGCUGCUACUGUCGCUGCUUGUAUUGUGAAGUUAGCUGCCUGUUUGAAUAAUAUGGAAAUGACUGUCAAGUAGAUUUGUGAAGCUUCUAACGUGUGCCAAAUCUCAUUAAGACAGCUUUAUAGAACCAUAUAUCCCCACAGAUUUGAAUUAAUUGGCGAUCAUAAAAUAAAUGACAUCGAUUUUAAGAAAAUCUUGAACUCACCCUAAAUGAAUUUAGAUUGA